CAGAGAACCAUGGAGAAUCAGUGCACAGUGCAGGUGAAGUUGGAGCUUGGUCACCGGGCCCAGCUGAGAAAGAAGGUGACGUCAGAGGGUUUCACUCACGACUGGAUGGUGUUUGUGCGUGGGCCCGAGACGGGGGACAUCCAGCAUUUUGUGGAUAAAGUCGUCUUCCGCCUUCACGAAAGCUUCCCCAAACCCAAGAGAGUGUGCAAGGAGCCACCCUACAAAGUGGAGGAGUCGGGUUACGCAGGCUUUCUCAUGCCCAUAGAGGUGUACUUUAAAAACAAGGAGGAGCCGAAAAAAGUGUGCUUCAGUUAUGACCUGUUCCUGAACCUGGAGGGAAACCCCCCCGUCAAUCACCUACGCUGCGAGAAGCUCACCUUCAACAACCCGACGCGAGAUUUCAGACGGAAGCUGGUCAAAGCCGGAGGGGUUUUGGUGGUCCCGGAGGGUUCAGAAGCGGUCUCCAGGCCGAGUCCAGACUACCCAAUGCUUCCAACCAUCCCACUCUCUGCUUUCUCAGACCCCAAGAAGACAAAAACCUCCCACGGGUCCAAGGAGCCCAGUAAAGAGGGAGGAGGUGGGAAUAAAGGAGCCAAACCACACAAACUGACCAAGGAGCACAGAGAACGACCGCGGAAAGAUUCGGAGAGCAAGGCAGCCAGCAAGGCCUCUUCUCGCGAACUCACCUCCUCCUCCUCCUCCUCCUCCAAAAAAACAGCCGAGAUUAAAGUCAAAGAGGAGAAUAAAGUUCUGCCCAAAGCUGCUUUUAAGGAGCCCAAACUCACGCUGAAGGAGGCCAAAAUGGAGGGCAUGUCUCCAAAAGGAGGAGGGGGAGCGGGGGGAGGAGGAGGAGGAGGAGGCGGCGGCGGGGGUGGAGGAGGCGGAGGACAACCCGAAACCAAAGCCCCCAGCAAACGCCCUUCCAACGCCGAGUCGCCGAAACCGAGCGUCAAGAAGCAGAAAAAAGGGAGCUCGGAGGGACCAAAGGGUUCGUCGGGAGGGGGUUUCUCCAGCACCUCCCCCCGCGUUUCCUCCACAUCCUCCACCGCUCCCUCGACCUACACGGAUAAGAAACCCCCCAAAGAAAAGGGUCGUUGGGUCAAGGGCAAGUCAGAGGCUCAGGAGGUCAAAGAGAGCAAGAAACCGCCGGAGUCAGAUGACUCCAACUCCGAAGAUGAGGCCUCCUCCAAAUCCGAGUCAGCUCCCUCCAGCCCCUCCAACUCCAGCUCUGACUCCAGCUCCGACUCCAGCUCUGACUCGGACUUUGAGCCCCUUCAGAAACAAGGCCAAGGACCUCUGCGGACCAUGGUGGAGGACCUGCAGUCUGAGGAGUCUGACGAUGAUGAUAGCAGCUCUGAGGAAGAGACGCCGGUCAAGAACAACGUGCCCAAUCGAGACUCCAGAUUGAGUUUGGACAGUGAGAGUGACAGCAGUGAUGGUCCGCACCGCCCCAUUCGAGACCCGCCCCCCCAGCCCCAGAAACACAAUUCCUCCAAUAACAAGUCCUCAGGCAGGAAGAGCCCGGAGCCUUGCCUGCGUCAGGAGAAGGUGUUGAAGAAGGGAUACGACAAGGCCUACACAGAGGAGCUGGUAGACCUCCAUCGCAGGCUCAUGGCUCUGAGAGAAAGGAACAUUUUACAGCAGAUUGUGAAUCUCAUUGAGGAGACCGGCCACUUCAAUGUAACCAACACAACCUUUGACUUUGAUCUGUUUUCACUGGAUGAGUCGACUGUCCGUAAACUACAGAGCUACCUAGAAGCCACGGCCACGUGACAGGAAGU